AUGUUACUGAAGACGGUGGUCCUGGCCCUGGUGAUUGUCACCAGUGCCCGGGCUGAGGUCAAUCCUGAUCAGGUGGCCAAUGUGGUAUGGGACUACUUCAACCAGCUGAGCAACAAUGCCAAGGAGGCUGUGGAACACCUGCAGAAGUCUGAGCUCACCAAGCAGCUCAAUGCCCUCUUCCAGGACAAACUCGGAGACGUGAACACAUAUGCCAGUGACCUGCAGAAGAAGUUGGUACCUUUCGCCACAGAGCUGCAUGAGCGCCUGGCCAAGGACUCCGAGAAGCUGAAGGAGGAGAUUCAGAAGGAACUGGAGGACCUGCGAACCCGGCUGCUGCCCCAUGCCAACGAGGUGAGCCAGAAGAUUGGUGAGAACGUGCGCGAUUUGCAGCAGCGCCUGGCACCCUACGCCGAGGAGCUGCGCACGCAGGUCAAUACCCAGGCAGAACAAUUCCGGAACCAGCUGACUCCAUUAGCGCAACGCAUGGAGACUGUGCUGCGAGAGAACGUGGACAACCUACAGGCCUCCCUGACGCCCUAUGCCGACGAGCUCAAGGCCAAAAUCGACCAGAACGUGGAGGAGCUCAAGGGGCGCCUCCUGCCCUACUCUGCGGAGCUCAAGACCAAGAUCGACCAGAACGUGGAGGAGCUGCGCCGCAGCCUGGCCCCCUACGCCCAGGACGUCCAGGAGAAGCUCAACCACCAACUCGAGGGCCUCGCUUUCCAGAUGAAGAAGAACGCCGAGGAGCUGAAGACCAAGUUCGAAGCCCGAGCCGAGGAGCUGCGGCAGACGCUGGUGCCUAUGGCCGAGGACGUGCGUGGCAAGCUACGCGGCAACACCGAGGAGCUGCAGAAAUCGCUGGCCCAGCUGAGCAGUCAACUGGACCGCCAGGUGGAGGAGUUCCGCCGCAACGUGGGACCCUACGGCGAGACCUUCAACAAAGCUUUGGUGCAACAGAUGGAGGAGCUCAGGCAGAAGUUGGGCCCUUACUCGGGGGACUUGGAAGACCACUUGAGCUUCCUGGAAAAGGACCUGAGGGACAAGGUCAACUCCUUCUUCAGCACCCUCAAGGACAAAGAGAACCAGGAGCAGCCAGUUGUCCUGCCGCUCCAGGAGGUGGAACAGGAACAACAACAACAACAACAACAACAACAACAACAACAACAACAUAUGCAUUCUAUUGACUCACAUAAUCCUUACAACAGACUGUAG